AUGAGUGUCCCGGAUUGUGAUAACAUAUCACUUGAUUCUCGAGAAUUGGAAAACUCACACAUUGAUUUCUGUGAAAUAGUGAAGCGUGUUGAAUUAGAUGACGGAGUAUAUGGUGAAUUAAUAUUACUUGGUUACAAUGGUGCGUAUGACAAUAAGAACGCUAUACCUGUUAAACGACAUCGAACAAAAAUGGUCCUUUCUCGUCGUAAAUUUGGAAAUGGAAUCAAGAAAGGUGGCGUAAUACAAAGUAAUUCUGAUGGAAAAGAUGCGCCGGCGGUAUUAGAUCGAUCACGUCACGUUGUCUCGUACACAUAUAGUAAAAAGCAGACCGUUCUGGUCGAAUAUCUAACGGACACAGCGAAAGACAUGUUCCAGAUUGGAAGGUCUUCCGAAGAUCAGAUUGAUUUCACUAUUGUUGACACGUGGUUAGCAUCAAAUGCUCAUGGAUCACUGCAAGGAAAUAUUAAUCCCAAAGAGAAACGUUCUAUGGCAUCUACAAUCAGUCGCUAUGCUUGUCGAAUAUUGAUCGACCGUGAGAAUCCUGGGAAAUCUUAUUUGUAUGCAGCCGGAUUUGAUUCUAUGAAAAAUAUAUUUCUAGGAGAAAAAGCCACUAAAUGGAAUAAAAAGAAUGGAGAAGUAGAUGGACUCACAACGAACGGAGUUCUCAUUUUACAUCCAAAUAGAAACACCGAGGAUUUAUUAGAUGAUUCCAAUUCUGAUAUGUAUGUUUGGAGGGAAGUGUCUGUUGAUGGUGACAUUUUUGCUUUGCGUGAAACGCGAAGUAGUAAUGCCCGUGGUGAAUUGAUUCCUGAAGAGACGAAUAUGUUACAGGAUGGAUCCUUGAUCGACCUUUGUGGUGCUACUUUAUUAUGGCGCACUUCUGAUGGACUUGCGAAGUCUCCAACAUUGAUGGAGUUGGAAAAUGCGCUGGAUCGCCUGAAUGCUGGCAAACCUCAAUGCCCCGUUAAUUUAAAUACUUUAAUAAUUCCCAAAAAGAAAAGCGGAUCAACUGUUAGUAGCCGUCAGCCAUAUGUUUACUUACGAUGUGGUCAUGUGCAAGGUAAACACAAAUGGGGAGUUCAGGAGACUGGAGGGUUGACAAUGUCAAAAUGUCCCAUUUGUUUGGAGGAGAGUGAACGUAUCCUUCAGUUGACAAUGGGUAUGGAGUCUUCCUUUCAUCUUGAUUCAGGAACUCUAGAUCACGCUUUCAACCCAUGUGGUCAUGUGGCCAGCAAAAACACAGUGCUAUAUUGGUCUCGCAUUCCUCUACCUCAUGGCACAAACAGUUUUUAUCCUGUUUGUCCCUUCUGUACUACGCUCCUUGCUACGGAAAAGCCUUAUGUAAAAUUGAUUUUCCAAGAUCACCUCUAUGACACAUGA